CUGAACCAUACUUCGUGGUCCAGCUCAAGCUCAUGUUGAGCCAAUCCCUGGCCGAACCAACCUAGCAUCACAUGAAGAUCAGUUUCCCGCCCGUCUUCAACCGACGAGAACACAGCCUAACCGCCUGUAUUCCACGUGGCACGGUCGAAAUCAUUCCGUUACGUGCCACCCGCGACCCUUCGAGCUAGCUCUGAUUGCUCUCUUCUCGGCCAAAGACGACCCAACAACGCCUCGACGCAUCGCGAUACAUCUCUCGCUUCCCCCUUCGCUGUGCACUCGCCCGCCCUUACCUCGCCUUGGCACACAGCCAUCGCGAUGACAGCGUGGAGCUGGAAAGUGAAAGAGCACAGGUGAAGAGGAAUGCACGGCGCGCGAUCUCACGAUGGCGCACAACCAGCCCUAUUACCAGAACGGUGUAUUGCCGAACACUGAACAACAGUUCUCUGGCCCGCCAUCACAGCAAUCACACAAUCGCACACGACCUUUCUCUCUGGAUGAAGCCUUGCCGUAUACGCCCUUUACCUCCGUAUUUCCAUUUGACUCAGAUAUUCUGAGCAAUCCAACUAUUGGCACAGGCUCUUUUGCACCAUCGCUUGCUAGCUUUAUUUCAAGGGACGAUUACGAUGCGCUAAACCACGAGGCCGGAAACUCCAAUCAGUCGAAACGUCUAGACGGUAGUCUCGAAUAUGUGCAGAAUCUACUGAAGCCCGAAAAAAUCACCAAAUACGAGUUCAAGACAGCACCCAAAACCACGUCAACAUCCCACGAUCCUGGAAAGAGGAUCACGGACGGCAUCUCCCCAUUUGCCAAAUUGGUGUUUGAUAACACGUCAGUUGUUUUCGGACACCCCUCUCCUGAUCCAUCCUCCAGCUCCCCCACCAAUGGGCUGUCGAUGGCGCCAAUGAUGACGAAGAAAUCGCCGCAUCAACGCAAGCCGGACACGCCAAAGGUGGUUAAAUAUAAUCCAGCUAGCACUAAUACUCAGGCUGUCGCACAUAACAAGUCCCGGAUCGAGAUUCAUUUACCUAGCUCAAGACAACGAGAUGCAGCCUCAGCUAUGCUUACACCACAAGCUGUCCCCCAACCAGUAGCGCAGACUCAACCUCAAACUGUUUCACUCGCCGAUCUCAUGGUUAAACCGCAGGUUUCUCCUGUUCCAGUGCCUCGCAUAGAACAAGGCUUAGUAAUAACCCCGGUGCCUGUCAUCCCACAAACACCCAAGGUUACCAUACCACCACCAAACCCGCCAUGUGUUGAGAAGGUUAUUAAACAGGAGAUACCUCAACCCCAACCACGCGUAGAAUCACCGGCUCGAGUCUCACCAUCAUCAGCUUUGUCCUCACAGCGGCAGGGCGAGUUACGGAUUGAACUGCCAAAAGCCACUUUUAAUAGAGAGGAAUUUGCUGUUGUGCCAGAUUCGCCUGACGCCCCAACCGGUUUAUCUAGCAGGAGAGAGGACGGGGCGAUCGAAGAUUCCUUGGAAAAUGACUUGAAUCAACGCGAGAGAGCCAAUAUUCUCUUUACAGAAUUAAGAAGGUGUUUUCAGGAAAUUUUCGAGGCUGAGGGUCAGCUCUCCAUCCAACAAAUUCAUUCAUCACCAUACAUAUACCGAACAGCAGAUCAAGAACUUACUAUGACCUCGUAUGCCCAUGACAAGGCUCAAAGACUACUCAAAAGGGCUAUAGAUAUGGGCUGUUUUGGUCAGAUUCCCUCUGAUCCUCUCAUUCGACUGCAAAAUCUUAGUGAAGGGUCUCUAAAAAACGCCGACUCACUUGAGUUUAAAAUCAACGAAGAGUGGGGUGAAACCGAUGUCAACUUAUGGGUGCAACAGAUACCGGAUAUUGAGAGGGGGUUGAAGGCUGCGCGGACCGCUUUAAGAAUCAUGUGUGGUGGCCGUGAAGAGAAACAGCUUUACUCCGAAGACCUCAUUCAACUCAGUCUCGAUCUUUUCAGAAAUGUCAUGGAGGGUAUCAUUGUGCCCAUUGCUGAAGUGCGAAGCACAGGUCCCACUACUGUUUUAUUUCGCAGCUUGAUCGCCCAUAAGAAGACCAUUAUGACAUUGUUUGCUUGCAGCCAAAAGCUCUUCGCACUGAUGUCCGAUCUUAUCACAAGUAUAGAGCUCUCCGAGACCGUUGUCAAUACUUUGGAGUUUCUCUCAUCCCACUUGAUGUUUGUGGAGAAUGCAUACACCGAAAAGGACUCAGUAGUAGGUGUUUCCAAGUUUGAUGGGCUGCGCCUAGUAGCCAUGCAUAUGCUCUCUCAGAUCUUUUUGACGAAUCCCUCUCAGCGAGAGGGGAUCCUUAGUGAGAUCUUGACUUCAUUAGAAAAGCUUCCUGUUGGUAAACAAAAAGCCAGACAGUUCAAGCUCACCAGUGGCGGGAGUAUACAGCCUAUCUCGGCUCUUAUUAUGCGGUUGAUCCAAGCUAGUGCCGGUAAAGUAGAUGAUGGCAAAGACGAAACACGAUCGCAAUUCAUGCAAUCCAUACAGGAGAAUGCGGUGCCAUCAACCCAGAAGGCCAAUAAAAAGACUCAGUAUACCAUCCGAACGGAGGAUCAUGCUGCUGCUGAAGACGACGUUGCAGUCCAAGAGCUCCAAAUUUUGUCAAGUAACUUGCUCGAUGGAGCGGGUCGCUAUGCUAACUACGUCGUCAACUUCAUUGUGAAACGGGCAUUAAAGUCUACGAAGACUGGGGAUACACCGUACCGCAAUCUUCUUGACCUUUUUGUAGAAGAUUUUACCACAUGCUUGGACUCUCCAGACUGGCCCGCCGCCGAGCUUCUUCUCCAACUAACCAUGCGUUUGAUGUUCAGCCAGAUAGAUGCUGAAAAGAACGCAGCACCAGCUCGAAACAUGGCACUCGAGCUGUUGGGAGUAAUGGCUGCAUCAAUCUCAAAAUUGCGGUCUCACGUUCGCAAAAUUGCUAGCAGUUUUGAGGGAAGCGACUCUGAUGAGCUCGGUAGGUGGCUCGCCGAUCUUAGUCUGUCAGUUCUAGAGGGCCACAACUCGGUUGAUAAAGCACUUAAAUGGGAUGGCCCAUAUCGUAUCGUAAUCGAGUUUCUCCAAGGCCGAAUGAACGAGGAUGAGCACCUCUACAGUGCUAUUUCGUACCUGGUGACAAAUUGGGCUUCACAGAUUGAGUCCGGGUAUAGAAUGGUCCCGGAUGAUGAUGACGAAGAUCGACAUGCAGAAUUUGGCCGAACGGCAUAUCGCUUACGGAACAUGAUCGAGGACUCAAAGUGGUUGGCAAGAGAGUGGAGAUUUAAGUCUGUUGCCCCUAGUCACGCCCGAUUAUCACAUGCAAUUCUAUUGCUGCGAUCAAAUUUCUGCAUGGCGUUUAGAGGUAUUUUGAACUUGCUUAUGGGAUCUAUGACCACGGACCAGGCGACCGUGCGCAGCCGAAGUCUGAAGAGUGUCAAUCAAGUUCUGGAGACUGAUCCCACAAUUCUUGAUGGAGACAGUGCCUUCGUUGAGCUUAUUUUACAGUGCUCUAAUGAUUCUUCACCCCAAGUCCGCGACUCAGCCCUUGGCUUAAUUGGAAAGUGUAUAAGCAUGCGCCCAAGACUUGAAGAGAGAAUGACCCCUACAGUCAUCGAGCGUUUCGUUGAUACCGGCGUUGGUGUACGGAAAAGGGCGAUGAAACUUGCCAAGGACAUUUAUCUCGGAAAUGAGAACAAAGCUGUCCGAAGUACCAUUGCUAACGGCCUGCUGUAUCGAAUGCAGGAUCCAGACGAUGGCGUUCGCGAACUAGCCAGGCAAAUGAUUGAAGAAAUAUGGAUAUCGCCAUUCUACAAAGAGGAUGAUUCCCUAUCGUUCAAGCAAUCACUCACGGAUCACGUUGCCCUGAUGGUCCAGACAACCAAGCAAGGUAGCACAGCAUCCAUCCUGGACAAGGUACUUCAGACGAUUUUGUCUCCUGAAUCCAAGAUGUGCGAAGCCAACAGGCGAGUUUGCACUAAACUCGUAGCAAACAUGUUUGACCUUGUGGACAAUCCUGAAUCGGACGACUCCUCUAUACCGUCAGGAAAGGAUGCUUUACAGGUCUUGAUGAUUUUCGCAAAGGCGGACCCGAAACUAUUCACGUUCGAGCAAAUAAGUCUUCUCAAACCAUACAUUGCCAGUGUUGCCAGUGUCAGUACAACCGACGACUUAGCUGUGUCGAGAGCAGUUGUAGUUAUCUAUCGGAGAGUGCUACCUCAGGUCUCUAGCAUACACUCGCAAUUUCUUACCGAAAUUCGAUCUCUUCUCAUGCCUGCAACAGCUAAAGCUGUCAGAACACUUCUGGACGAUGUAAUAGCCUGCAUAUGGAUUAUUAGCGGUCUGCUUCAUUCAACUGAGCACAUUACUCGCCUUAUCUCUUCGAGUCUUGCUGGUAUCCAGAAACUCCGUGGAGUAUUAGUCAAAGGGCUAGACGAGAAGAUGACCAGGGCUUUCGACCGUUACUCACUCAUUGUCGGAAUGGGUGGCAAACAUUGCCAGCUUGACGACCAUGCGGACCUCUUCAAAAGUAAAUUCCCGAACUGGAAAGGUGAUUCGGUAUCCAAACUUAUGGUGGAUGUAAUCUGUCCCUUCGCUCAUUCCUCGCAGCCGGUUAAUAUAAGAAAGCCUGCACUAGAUGCCAUUGGCCUAAUCUGCCAGUCUAAUCCCAGAAACUUUGUCAAAGAGAAUGUUAUCUCGGUGUUCGAACAGGUCUUCAAGGAAGAAAUCGUGACUUUAGAGUCGAUGAUACUACGCUCUUUCAAAGAAUUUCUCAUCACCGAGGAGCAGAGGUCAAACCAGUCAAACCCCGGUGCUUCGAAAGAGAAAAAGGACCUCAAGGUUAUGGGUAGCACAAGUUUUGAUGAUGUGGCUAGCGCUACGACCCAACGAUUCCUCACGGCUAUAACGAGAAUCGCUUUAGCAACGCAAGACGAUCACGCUUUUCUCGCAGUGGAGAUUCUCGCAAGCAUUAAUCGGCAAGGUUUAGUGCAUCCCAAAGAAACAGGUGUGACACUUAUCACUUUAGAAACUUGUCCAGUUACCAGAAUAUCGGAGAUGGCCUACCGUGAACAUAGAGCUCUACAUGAAAAAUAUGAAAGUGUACUUGAGCGAGAGUAUGCCAAGGCCGUCCAGUCAGCGUUCCAAUACCAACGAGAUGUAGUCCAGGAUUGUCGAGGCGCAACAGAGGCACCUUUCACCUCAAAACUCCACUCGCUUAUUGGGAUCCUAAAAAUAAGUAAAUCCAAAAACCGUGUCAGGUUUCUGGAAAAGCUUGUCGGUCAGUUGGAGUUUGAACCUUCCACGCUCGAUGUAAAUCAACCAAUGCCAUCACAUGUGGCGUACUCCCGAUUUCUGCUUGAGAAUAUCGCCUUCUUCGAGUACGUCAGUGUAGGCGAUCUUCAGGCUGUGGUUUCGGCUCUCGAGAAACUAGUGACGAGUACCGGCGCCGGCAUUGCCCAAACAAUGGAAUCCGAGAUAUUCCAAGUGCGCAUGGACCAAGCUCAGGUUACACAUCAACAUGGAGAAGCCGAGGCACCAGCCGCAAUCUUAAGGGUCCCGGACUCUAUCAGCUCGCAACGGCUUCGGCAGUUAACAGCAUGUUCUAUGGUAAUUUCAGCCGUGUGGGAGGUUCGAACCUUUCUUCGCCGGUUGUACGGCGUCAACUCAAGUCGUCGUGAAACUAAGACGAAAGGCCCUCCCAAAGAUCUUACAAAACCCCCUGUAAAGGUCCAAGGUAUUACAGGCGACAAGUUUUGGGAGGAUAUGACUUUUACUAUGACUGCUCUCGAAACACCGGAGCGUAUGAUACAGCAAUGUAGAACAUUCGUCGACCUCUUGAACGUUGAUAGCGAGGUUAAAAUUGGAGAAGCAGAUGAUGACGAUCUCGACGCAGAGGGUGACGCACAGACACCCGAAGCAGAAGAUGACGACGAUGAGGCUACACCCGAUGGUCGUGGUCGCAAACGAAAGGCAGCAGGCACUCCUGGAGGCCGAAAAAAGCGGGCGCGUAGUAAUUCGCGACCACGAGGUCGAGGGCGGCCCAAGAAGCAUCAAAAUACGGGUGCUAUAGAAGAUGAUGAUUUCUAAGCUUAACUUUUCAACAUGGAAUGAACUUGUUAAUGAUGGCUUUUCGUCAAGAGCGCCCAGCGGGAACAAUAGACGUCAGGCACUAUAAAGGAGUUCAAGGCGAGUACAAUCAUAUUCAAGAGCUGGUCACACAUUAUGGCGUCUAUUGGGGUUGGCAUAUGCGUGCUUAGGUUUUUUUUGCAUCAUUGCUCCAAGCGCAGGAGUUGGGCUGCCAUGGCAUAAGUCGGCAAUGGAGCCGAUAAAAUCCUGCUAUUUAUUGCUUUCAAAGCUCGAUGAUACCUUUUCAUAUUUGCUUUACAUAGUGUAGGUUCAAUGCAUGAUGCAUUACCUAGCCCUAGUAGGUUGGGACACUACUUACGCUCUUAAGAUAGAGUCACAUAGCUCAUCUUGGCAAUGCGAUAUACUGCCGUGUACAAUUCAAGAUUUGUUCAAAACCUUCAACUUUCCCAUUG